AUGUCUUCACUGACUCAGCGGAUCCCUUAUGGCGCGCACGUCAUCAUAAUCUUCGUCCUUAGCUUCGCAGCCUUCAUCCUAGUAAUCCUGACCACCUUCUCGACCCCGUUCAUUCAGGGCAUCUCGUUUCUCGAUGUCUACACCUCGUCUGGAUUGACCAGGUUCGGCUCGUUCGGAUGGUGCAACCCAGGUUACUGCCUACCGAAUCUGGUCUCCUAUGAGUACGCUCCUCAGGUCAACGCAUCACUGACUGGGGCUAUGGUUCUCUGGCCUAUCGCGAUCAUCUUCACCUUCUUCACCCUAAUCGCCAUCAUCCCCCUCCUCUUUGUCCACAACUCGGCGGCACUGCGAUACGUCGGCAACUCCAUGUUCUUCAAAUUCUCCGCCAACCUAUCGGCCAUCAUCACACUGGUAGCGUGGGUGAUGACCAUCUAUGGGUGGAGUAUCGCCAAGCGGACGUUCGAGGCGGGCGGGGUAGGCGCGGUAUAUGGCGCAGCUACAUGGCUAGGCCUCACAGCGAUGCUCUGCAUGCUCAUCGUCGCCUUCCUCGGCUGGCCACACGAGGCAUGGGACGGCAAGACCACCCGCGCGAAUGGCGGAGCGGGCGGAAGGGGCUUACCAGGUCCAGGAGGGGACGGCUACUAUCAUUACAAGCGGACGACGAGGGAGAUUGUGCCGCAGCAUCAGGGCGGAGCGAUCACUACGACGACGAGGUACUAG